AUGCUUGGCGAGUCUGUCGAUCCAACCUGCAGCAUUCAUGAUCUCGAUCCAUCCUCGCGCACGGUCAAAUGCGUCUUUCCGCUCCUGGCUUCGGGGGCGGGCGGCGAAUGGGGUGACCCGACAACAUCCUCGGGCAAGCUGGACAACGGGCUCACCGAAGCGGAGUUGGACGAGAAUUAUAGGAAGAGCCUCCAAGAGCUCUCCAAUACAGUGCCAGCAAGCAGAAUAUACUUCCUCCAGAUCAGCGACGCGUAUCACAUGACCGAGCCUUUAAGCCGGGAGCCAGACAAGUCAGGACUGCGGCCUCGUGGUCGUUGGAGUCACGAUUACCGACCGUUGCCUUUCGACGGUGGUUAUCUGCCAAUUGAGGGAUUCGUGAAAGCAGUCCUUGCUACUGGCUUCCGGGGUUGGUUUAGUAUUGAGGUUUUUGACGGUCAAUUCGAACAGAAAUAUGGGGACAAUCUUUUCAAGUUUGCUAAGAAAGCCAUGGAAGGAUACCACAGACUGAUAAGCAAUUAA